AUGCUCCCAACACUGGUACUGCUCAUCUUCUGCAGUUUCCUGCACUCUGCCGCUUUUGAAGGAAAUUAUUGGUCCCCUAUUCUUCUCCAAAAACAGAAAGAAUCUCUACAAAGAAUUUUGAGCAAGGAUUCCUGUUCUACCUGGGGAGGAGGGCAUUUUUCAACAUUUGAUAAAUACCAGUAUGACUUCAGUGGGACUUGCAACUACAUCUUCGCAACUGUAUGUGAUGAGACCAGCCCAGACUUCAACAUUCAGUUCCGUCGUGGGCUGGACAAAAAAAUUGCAAGGAUCAUUAUUGAGCUUGGACCUUCUGUUGUCAUUGUUGAGAAAGGCAGCAUUUCUGUCAGGAGUGUUGGUGUCAUUCAGUUGCCUUACACCAGCAAUGGAAUCCAAAUAGCACCUUAUGGACGCAACAUCCGCCUGGUAGCCAAGCUGAUGGAGAUGGAACUGGUGGUCAUGUGGAACAAUGAUGACUACCUCAUGGUUUUGGCUGAAAAAAAAUAUAUGGGGAAAACAUGUGGAAUGUGUGGGAACUAUGAUGGUUAUGAAUUGAAUGAAUUUGUCCGUGAAGGUAAAUUGCUGGAUACAUAUAAAUUUGCUGCAUUACAAAAAAUGGAUGAUCCAUCAGAGAUCUGCCUGUCUGAGGAGAUACCAAUUUCUGCUGUUCCUCACAAAAAAUAUGCUGUGAUCUGCUCUCAGCUACUUAAUUUGGUGUCACCAACCUGCAGUGUGCCCAAGGAUAGGUUUGUCAUUCGUUGCCAGCUUGAUAUGCAGGACUGCAGUGAGCCAGGACAAAACAACUGCACUUGCUCUACACUGUCAGAGUAUUCCAGGCAAUGUGCCAUGUCCCACCAAAUGGUGUUCAACUGGAGAACUGAAAACUUCUGCUCUGUGGGAAAAUGUUCUGCAAACCAAAUCUAUGAGGAAUGUGGUUCUCCGUGUAUUAAAACCUGUUCCAACCCAGAGUACAGCUGUUCCAGUCACUGUACCUAUGGCUGCUUUUGUCCAGAAGGAACUGUUCUUGAUGAUAUCUCGAAAAAUCGGACAUGUGUUCACAUCAGCCAGUGUCCAUGUACACUGAAUGGGAAAACAUAUGCUCCUGGUGAGACAAUGAAAGCAGCUUGUAGGACCUGUAAAUGUGUGAUGGGUCAGUGGAACUGCAAAGACUUGCCCUGCCCUGGAAGGUGUUCCCUGGAAGGAGGCUCCUUUGUUACCACGUUUGAUUCGAGGCCAUAUCGAUUCCACGGGGUUUGCACUUAUGUUCUUAUGAAGAGUUCCAGCCUGCCACACAAUGGAACCCUAAUGGCUGUGUAUGAAAAGACUGGUUAUUCUCAUUCUGAGACCUCACUUAGUGCUAUAAUUUACCAAUCUACAAAGGACAAAAUUGUGAUUUCUCAGAAUGAUCUCCUUACUGAUGAUGAUGAACUCAAGCGGCUGCCUUACAGAUCAGGAGACAUCACUGUUUUCAGACAGUCCUCCAUGUACGUUCAGAUGCAGACAAACUUUGGGCUGGAACUUGCAGUUCAAACGUCACCUGUGUUCCAGGCCUACGUGAAAGUUGGAUCACAAUUCAAAGGCAGAACACUUGGUUUGUGUGGCAAUUACAAUGGAGACACUACAGAUGACUUCAUGACUAGCAUGGACAUCACUGAAGGGACAGCCUCCCUGUUUGUAGAUUCCUGGAGGGCAGGAAAUUGCCAUCCUGCCUUAGAGAGAGAGACUGACCCUUGCGCUUUGAGCCAGCUGAACAAAAUAUCUGCUGAGACUCAUUGCUCCAUUCUGACCAAGAAGGGUACAGUGUUUGAGAAAUGCCAUGCUGUGGUGAACCCCAUUCCUUUCUACAAGAGAUGUGUCUACCAAGCCUGUAAUUAUGAGGAGACCUUUCCUUAUAUUUGUUCUGCACUGGGAUCAUAUGCACGAGCAUGCAGCUCCAUGGGUUUAAUCCUUGAGAACUGGAGGAGCAGUAUGGACAAUUGCACCAUUACUUGCACUGGCAAUCAAACAUUCAGCUACAACACUCAGGCAUGUGACAGGACAUGCUUGUCACUCUCCAACCGAGCCCUGGAAUGCCAUCCAACUGAUAUUCCUAUUGAAGGCUGCCAGUGUCCUAAAGGAAUGUACCUGAACCACAAGAAUGAGUGUGUUCAUAAAUCUCAUUGUCCUUGCUACUUAGAGGACAGAAAGUACAUCCUGCCUGACCAGUCAACAAUGACUGGUGGGAUCACCUGCUACUGUGUUAAUGGGAGACUAAGUUGCACAGGCAAGCCUCAGAAUCCUGCAGAAAAUUGCAAAGCUCCUAAGAAAUACAUAUCAUGUUCUGACAAUUUAGAAAACAAGUAUGGAGCUGCAUGUGCCCCUACCUGUCAAAUGCUGGCUACUGGAAUUGAAUGUAUACCCACAAAGUGUGAAUCAGGCUGUGUCUGUGCUGAGGGCCUCUAUGAAAAUCUCGAUGGCAAGUGUGUGCCAGCUGAGGAGUGUCCAUGUGAAUAUGGUGGCCUUGCUUAUGGAAGAGGUGAACAAAUCCAGACAGAAUGUGAGAUCUGCACUUGCACAAAAGGCAAAUGGAAAUGUGUUCAGAAAACAAGGUGUUCCUCCACCUGUAAUCUGUAUGGAGAAGGCCACAUCACCACCUUUGAUGGACAGCGCUUUGUGUUUGAUGGCAACUGUGAAUACAUAUUGGCGAUGGAUGGCUGCAGUGUUAACAGACCCAUUUCCUCUUUCAAAAUUGUUACUGAGAAUGUCAUCUGUGGGAAAUCAGGAGUUACGUGCUCCAGAUCCAUCAGCAUUUACCUUGGGAAUCUGACAAUCAUACUGAGAGACGAAACCUUCGCUAUCUCUGGGGAAAAUCCUGGUAUAAGAUACAAAGUGAAAAAGAAUGCCCUUCACCUGAUGUUUGAUAUCAUUAUCCCAGGAAAAUACAACAUGACUCUUAUUUGGAAUAAGCACAUGAACUUCUUCAUCAAGAUCUCCAGAGAAACACAGGAAACCAUCUGUGGUUUGUGUGGUAACUAUAAUGGCAACAUGAAGGAUGACUUUGAAACUCGAAGCAAGUAUGUGGCAUCAAACGAGCUGGAAUUCGUCAACUCUUGGAAAGAGAAUCCCCUCUGUGGGGAUGUGUACUUUGUAGUGGACCCCUGUAGCAAGAACCCUUAUCGUAAAGCAUGGGCAGAAAAGACAUGUUCCAUCAUCAACAGCCAUGUUUUUUCUGCCUGUCACAAUAAGGUGAAUCGGAUGCCCUACUACGAGGCCUGUGUCCGGGACUCCUGUGGGUGUGACAUUGGAGGGGACUGCCAGUGCAUGUGUGACGCCAUCGCAGUCUAUGCCAUGGCAUGCUUGGAAAAGGGCAUCUGCAUUGACUGGAGGACUCCUGAGUUCUGUCCUGUCUAUUGUGAGUAUUACAAUUCUCAUAAAAGAAAAGGAAUUGAUGAUGCUUUUUCCCAUGGCUACGACAAUGACAAAUGCACCUGGCACUACAGGCCUUGUAACUGUCCAAAUCAAAACUACAAAUAUGUCAAUAUUGAAGGCUGUUACAACUGCUCUCAUGAUGAAUACUUUGACCAUGAAGAAGAAAGGUGCAUGCCAUGUGGACAAGUAAAUGUUACCACCACACCUGAACCAUCUUCACCUUUACCAGUAACAACAGUGCGACCUAAAGUAACAGGAAGCUCCACCAUGAGCACACUUCCAGCAGUACCUAGUACUUCUUCUGCAACAACUGUAUCACCUGAGACUACAAAUCCAACAAUAACUGCAAAAAUUACAGUUCCAAGAACUUCACCCUCAAAACCUCUUGUCACAAUAAAGUCAACUACUGAGAGUGAGGGAACUGAAGCAACCACUCUGCACUACCCAGAAGUUGUCACCCACUUAAGAACAACCUUGACACAGCCUGUGCAGCACCUCAUGACACAGACACAGACCACCCCUGCCACAUCCACCAGCAGCACCUCUGUCCCGAGAGAGACCAGCCCUGCCACCAGCCCAGAAGUUCCACUGACAAGGACAUUUCCAAGCUCCACCUCUUUGCCCGUCACUUCAGCCUCAUCUGCUUCUUCCCUCUCCUCAACUCAGCUGGGAACAUCAUAUUCUGCAAGGGAGCCAACCAGAGCUAAGACACCAACUACUAAAGUAGUACCAGCCUUCACCCACAAACAGUCAACUGUGCCACACAUCGGGCCGCCUGUGACCACAGAGAAGAUCACAGCCACCACCUCCAUCAGCAGCACCUCCAGGACCUCUGUCUCCACAGGAGCCAGCCCACCAAGCAGCACAGAAGCCCCUCUGGAAACAGCCUCUCCACAUCCCAGCUCUCCAGCUGCCCCCAGCAGCCCGCUCAGCACCCGGCUGCCAUCCACUGCCACCACUUCCACAGCCUCCUCCACAGCAGCUCCCAGCACCAGCCCCAGGCCCACACCUACAACCCUGAGCACGGCCAAAACCAGCCUGCUGCCAUCGCCUGCCUCUUCUCCCUCCUCAACUGUAUCCUCAACAUGGCUCAGCUCCUCACAGCCUGCCUUCACCCACGAACAGUCAACUGUGCCACACCUUGGGCCGCCUGUGACCACAGAGAAGAUCACAGCCACCACCUCCAUCAGCAGCACCUCCAGGACCUCUCUCUCCACAGGAGCCAGCCCACCAAGCAGCACAGAAGCCCCUCUGGAAACAGCCUCUCCACAUCCCAGCUCUCCAGCUGCCCCCAGCAGCCCGCUCAGCACCCGGCUGCCAUCCACUGCCACCACUUCCACAGCCUCCUCCACAGCAGCUCCCAGCACCAGCCCCAGGCCCACACCUACAACCCUGAGGCCCAGGGCUUCUUCCCCAACAACAGCCAGUGCUGCAAAGGAGUCUCCUGUCACAGAGUCCUCUGCUCCCACCACGGCCAAAACCAGCCUGCUGCCAUCGCCUGCUUCUUCUCCCUCCUCAACUGUGUCCUCAACAUGGCUCAGCUCCUCACAGCCUGCCUUCACCCACAAACAGUCAACUGUGCCACACCUUGGGCCGCCUGUGACCACAGAGAAGAUCACAGCCACCACCUCCAUCAGCAGCACCUCCAGGACCUCUCUCUCCACGGAAGCCCCUCUGGAAACAGCCUCUCCACAUCCCAGCUCUCCAGCUGCCCCCAGCAGCCCGCUCAGCACCCGGCUGCCAUCCACUGCCACCACUUCCACAGCCUCCUCCACAGCAGCUCCCAGCACCAGCCCCAGGCCCACACCUACAACCCUGAGGCCCAGGGCUUCUUCCCCAACAACAGCCAGUGCUGCAAAGGAGUCUCCAGUCACAGAGUCCUCUGCUCCCACCACAGCCAAAACCAGCCUGCUGCCAUCACCUGCUUCUUCUCCCUCCUCAACUGUAUCCUCAACAUGGCUCAGCUCCUCACACCUGGCAGCCUUCACCCACGAACAGUCAACUGUGCCACACAUCGGGCCACCUGUGACCACAGAGAAGAUCACAGCCACCACCUCCAUCAGCAGCACCUCCAGGACCUCUGUCUCCACAGGAGCCAGCCCACCAAGCAGCACAGAAGUCCCUCUGGAAACCUCUCCACAUCCCAGCUCUCCAGCUGCCCCCAGCAGCCCGCUCAGCACCCGGCUGCCAUCCACUGCCACCACUUCCACAGCCUCCUCCACAGCAGCUCCCAGCACCAGCCCCAGGCCCACACCUACAACCCUGAGGCCCAGGGCUUCUUCCCCAACAACAGCCAGUGCUGCAAAGGAGUCUCCUGUCACAGAGUCCUCUGCUCCCACCACAGCCAAAACCAGCCUGCUGCCAUCGCCUGCUUCUUCUCCCUCCUCAACUGUAUCCUCAACAUGGCUCAGCUCCUCACAGCCUGCAGCCUUCACCCACAAACAGUCAACUGUGCCACACAUUGGGCCACCUGUGACCACAGAGAAGAUCACAGCCACCACCUCCAUCAGCAGCACCUCCAGGACCUCUCUCUCCACAGAAGUGCCUCUGGAAACAGCCUCUCCACAUCCCAGCUCUCCAGCUGCCCCCAGCAGCCCGCUCAGCACCCGGCUGCCAUCCACUGCCACCACUUCCACAGCCUCCUCCACAGCAGCUCCCAGCACCAGCCCCAGGCCCACACCUACAACCCUGAGGCCCAGGGCUUCUUCCCCAACAACAGCCAGUGCUGCAAAGGAGUCUCCAGUCACAGAGUCCUCUGCUCCCACCACGGCCAAAACCAGCCUGCUGCCAUCGCCUGCUUCUUCUCCCUCCUCAACUGUAUCCUCAACAUGGCUCAGCUCUGCACAGCCUGCAGCCUUCACCCACGAACAGUCAACUGUGCCACACAUCGGGCCGCCUGUGACCACAGAGAAGAUCACAGCCACCACCUCCAUCAGCAGCACCUCCAGGACCUCUGUCUCCACAGGAGCCAGCCCACCAAGCAGCACAGAAGUCCCUCUGGAAACCUCUCCACAUCCCAGCUCUCCAGCUGCCCCCAGCAGCCCGCUCAGCACCCGGCUGCCAUCCACUGCCACCACUUCCACAGCCUCCUCCACAGCAGCUCCCAGCACCAGCCCCAGUACAACAUCCGUGCCUACAUCCCUGACUACUUCCACAGUUAGGUCUACUGAGAGCACGACGCAUCCUUACUUCCAAAACACCACAUCGACUCCACACGGCAAAACAUCUUCAUUCGCUGUCCCUACCAGUAUCUCUGCCCAGUCUAGGCCAGCGUUGAUCCCAACAGUUUUGUCUACAACUGUUACCUUUGCUCCCCAUGUUAUCACAACGGCUUCUACAGAGUCAGUUGAACAGAGUUCCCUGCGAACAACAACACUGACCACUGCCCGCACGACAUCAUCUCCUCCUCUCACCUCUGGACUUUCAACAUCCCUGUCCUCUGUUGUGCCAUCAACAGUGCCGCACGAGCAUUGUAGAGAAGUUGAAUAUGAAGAAGAAAUAACUUACAAAGGCUGUUCCACAAAUGUCACUUUGAGCCGUUGUGAAGGAUCAUGUUCCUCUUCAACAAAGCUGGAUGUUGAGAAGAUGAUGGUCAUCACGACAUGUGGCUGCUGCAGGCCACUUGAACUUCUUAAGAAGCAAUUCCAACUGCCAUGCCAAGACCCAGAUAACCCUGGAAGAAGGCUCACCACAGAAAUAAUUGCAUUUAGUGGCUGUGUCUGUGACUUUGACAGUUGCACACACUAGCCAGACCUGAUGGCUGCAGAUACCAUUUUUUGUAAUUAAA